AUCUCUCUCUCUCUCUCUCUCUCUCUAUAUAUGUGUGUGUAUAUAAAAGAACGAACUAGCCUUCAGCAAAAUCCCAAACAAAGAAAGAAGAAGAAGAUGGAGAAGGAGAAAUUGCAGGUGCUGAGCGGGAAUAACAGCAGAAGUGGGAGCAUAAGGAGGAGCAUCGAAGAUGUGUUUGGUGCAAGUUGGCGGAGUAGUCGUGCAGAAGAAGACGAAGAAGCUCUGAGAUGGGCAGCUCUUCAGAAGUUGCCAACCUACUCCAGGUUACGAACCAGUAUUCUCAAAUCCUUUGUGGAAAGUGGAGACAAUGGAGAUAAGGUGGCUGUGCACAAAGAGAUGGAUGUGAGAAAGCUUGAUAUGCAUGAUCGACAACAACUCAUUGAUAGCCUUUUUAGGGUUGCUGAGGAAGAUAAUGAGAAAUUCUUGAUAAAGUUUAGAAACCGAAUUCAGAAGGUUGGGAUAAACCUUCCAACUGUAGAAGUUAGGUUUGAGAAUUUAAGAAUAGAAGCGGAUUGCUACAUCGGUGAUAGAGCUCUUCCCUCACUCGCAAAUUCAGUCCGAAACAUUGCCGAGUCAGCUUUGAGUUUGCUUGGGAUCAGAUUGGCUGAGAGAACAAAACUCACAAUUUUGAAAGAUGCCUCUGGUAUAAUCAAACCUUCAAGGAUGACACUUCUAUUAGGUCCACCAUCCUCUGGGAAGACAACCCUUUUGUUAGCACUGGCUGGAAAGUUGGAUCAAAGCUUGAAGGCAAGAGGAGAAGUCACAUACAACGGAAACAAACUCAAUGAAUUUGUACCACAAAAGACAUCAGCAUACAUUAGCCAAAAUGAUGUUCAUCUAGGAGAAAUGACGGUAAAAGAAACCCUAGAUUUCUCAGCAAGGUGCCAAGGCGUCGGAUCUCGAUACGAACUGUUGACCGAGCUUGCAAAGAGGGAGAGGAGUGCCGGAAUUUUUCCUGAGGCAGACGUUGAUCUUUUCAUGAAGGCAACUGCAAUGGAAGGAGUUGAGAGCAGCCUCAUAACUGACUACACCCUUAGGAUUUUGGGACUCGAUAUAUGUCGAGACAUCAUUGUUGGAGAUGAAAUGCAACGAGGAAUAUCAGGAGGCCAAAAAAAACGAGUAACAACAGGAGAAAUGAUUGUUGGGCCCACAAAAACAUUGUUUAUGGAUGAGAUAUCAACGGGCCUAGAUACGUCGACAACAUUUCAAAUACUGAAGUGCUUGCAGCAGAUUGUGCACCUCACUGAGGCCACCAUCUUCAUGUCCCUACUCCAGCCCGCUCCUGAGACCUUCAAUCUCUUUGAUGAUAUCAUCUUCUUAUCUGAAGGCCAGAUUGUCUAUCAAGGUCCACGAGACCACGUUCUUGACUUCUUUGAGUGUUGUGGAUUCAAAUGCCCCGACAGAAAAGGAACCGCUGAUUUUCUCCAAGAGGUAACUUCAAGGAAGGACCAAGAACAAUAUUGGGCCGACAAAAGCGAACCAUACCAAUACAUAUCCGCCCCCGAGUUUGCAAACCGAUUCAAGCGUUUCUAUGUGGGCCUGAGUCUGGAAAAUGAGCUAUCGGUCCCUUAUGAUAAGGCCCAAAGCCACAAUGCUGCUCUUGUCUACAAAAAAUACUCAGUCCCCAAGAUUGAACUCCUCAAGGCAUGUUUUGAGAUGGAAUGGUUGUUGAUCAAGAGAAACUCUUUCAUCUACGUGUUCAAGACUGUUCAAAUAAUCAUCGUAGCGAUCAUCACGUCGACAGUGUUCAUAAGGACUCAAAUGCACACUAGGAAUGAAGAAGAUGGGGCUAUCUAUAUUGGUGCACUUCUGUUCAGCAUGAUCAUCAACAUGUUCAAUGGUUUUGCUGAAAUGGCCCUUACCGUACAAAGACUUCCUGUGUUUUACAAGCACAGGGACCUAUUUUUCCAUCCACCUUGGGCUUUCACCCUUCCAAAGUUUCUACUUCGGAUACCGAUAUCGGUUUUCGAGUCCAUUGUUUGGAUGGUUAUGACAUAUUAUGCCAUUGGAUUUGCACCUGAAGCUAGCAGGUUCUUCAAGCAAUUGUUGGUGGUGUUUCUAGUCCAACAAAUGGCUGCUGGGAUGUUCAGGCUAACUGCUGGUGUUGGUAGGACCAUGAUCAUUACCAACACCGGUGGAGCUCUAAUUGUCCACCUUGUGUUUCUUCUUGGUGGUUUCGUCAUUCCUAAAGGUCAAAUUCCGAAGUGGUGGAAGUGGGGUUAUUGGCUGUCGCCGAUGUCCUAUGGUUUCAAUGCUUUGGCUGUAAAUGAGAUGUUUGCUCCAAGGUGGAUGAACAAACUGGCUUCAGAUAACGUUACUGCAUUGGGUGUAGCAGUGCUAAAAAACUUUGAUGUCUUCCCUGAAAGAAACUGGUUUUGGAUUGGGGCAGCAGCUCUUUUGGGGUUUGUAGUUGUCUUCAACGUUCUAUUCACCCUUGCUUUGAUGUACUUAAAUCCUCUUGGAAACCCACAAGUUAUAAUUUCGAAAGAAGUAGCGAGAGAGAUGGAAGUUGACCAAGAAGAAAGUGGAAAAGUACUAAGACUUGGAAAAACCACAUCGAAGACAAAUUCACUCCCUCGGUCCCUAUCUGUUGUUGAUGGAGAGAACUCAAGAGAAAUGGCGAUUCAGAGAAUGAGUAGUCGAUCCAAUGCUGAUGGACUAUGUAGAAAUGAAGAUUCAAGCCUUGAGGGUGCAGUGCAAGGAGUUGCCCCUAAAAGAGGAAUGGUUCUUCCUUUCACUCCUCUCGCAAUAUCCUUCGACAACAUUAAUUACUUUGUGGAUAUGCCCCUGGAGAUGAAAGAACAAGGAGUAACAGAGGACAAGCUCCAAUUACUUCGAGAAGUUACUGGUUCAUUUAGGCCUGGUGUCCUAACUGCACUUAUGGGAAUUAGUGGUGCUGGAAAAACAACACUAAUGGAUGUUCUAGCAGGGAGGAAAACGAGCGGUUACAUUGAAGGUGAUAUUAGAAUUUCUGGAUUUCCAAAGAAACAAGAAACCUUUGCUAGAAUUUCUGGAUACUGUGAGCAAACUGACAUCCACUCACCUCAAGUCACUGUUCAUGAAUCAUUGAUUUACUCAGCAUUCCUUCGGCUCCCUAAGGAAGUCAACAAAGUGGAAAAGAUGGUUUUUGUGGAUGAAGUUAUGGAUCUAGUUGAACUAAACAAUCUCAAGAAUGCCAUUGUCGGGCUUCCAGGAAUUACAGGUUUGUCAACAGAACAAAGAAAGAGAUUGACAGUAGCAGUGGAGCUGGUUACUAAUCCAUCAAUCAUAUUCAUGGAUGAACCGACUUCUGGCCUUGAUGCAAGAGCGGCUGCAAUUGUUAUGAGAACUGUCAGAAACACAGUGGAUACAGGGAGAACAGUUGUUUGCACAAUUCACCAGCCAAGUAUCGAUAUAUUUGAAGCAUUUGACGAACUACUAUUGAUGAAAAGAGGAGGACAAGUCAUAUACUCUGGACCACUGGGACGCAAUUCUCAGAAAAUUAUUGAAUAUUUUGAGGCAAUUCCCGAAGUCACAAAAAUCAAAGAAAAAUACAAUCCAGCGACAUGGAUGCUAGAAGCAAGCUCAAUUGCAGUAGAAGUGCGACUUGGAAUUGAUUUUGCUGAAUACUACAAAUCAUCAAACUUGUAUCAAAAAAACAAGGCUCUAGUGAAGGAGUUGAGUACACCUCCACCCGGGGUAAAAGACCUUUAUUUCAAAACACAAUAUUCUCAGUCCACAUGGGGGCAAUUCAAAUCAUGCUCAUGGAAACAACAGUGGACUUACUGGAGAAGUCCCGAGUAUAACCUAGUAAGGUUCUUCUUCACUAUAGCUUGUGCCGUUGCGAUAGGAACAAUCUUCUGGCAGAUUGGAAGGAAAAGGGAUAACAUAACUGAUCUAACCACAAUCAUAGGGGCGAUGUAUGCCGCAGUCUUGUUUGUUGGAAUUAAUAACUGCAAUUCAAUACAACCGUUGGUAGCUAUUGAAAGAACAGUAUUUUAUCGAGAAAAAGCUGCUGGGAUGUACUCUGCACUGCCAUACGCCUUGGCACAGGUAAUCGCUGAAAUUCCAUACGUGCUUGUUCAAUCAAUCAUUUUUAGUUUGAUAGUGUACGCAAUGGUAGGGUUCGAAUGGACGACACAUAAAUUCUUCUGGUUCUUUUUUGUCACCUUCUUCUCUUUUCUCUACUUCACCUACUACGGAAUGAUGAUUGUUUCCAUCACACCAAACCAUCAAGUAGCAGCUAUUUUUGCGGCCGCUUUCUAUUCACUCUUCAAUCUUUUCUCGGGUUUCUUCAUUCCCCGACCGAAAAUUCCGAAGUGGUGGAUAUGGUAUUAUUGGAUUUGUCCAGUGGCAUGGACAAUUUACGGGUUGAUCGUGUCACAGUACGGUGAUAUAGAGGAUACCAUAAAAGUACCUGGGAUGGUUAUUGACCCAACUAUUAAAUGGUAUGUGCAACAUCAUUUCGGAUAUGAACAAAACUUCAUCAAGCCAAUUGCUGGAGUUUUGGUUGGUUUCGCAGCCUUCUUUGCAUUUCUAUAUGCCUAUUGUAUUAGAACUUUGAACUUUCAAAUAAGAUAGAAGCGACUGAGUCAAAUUAGCCCUUGUCUAUGUAUUUGAAGUCAUUCACGACAUGAAAGUGGUAGCAGAAUCUAUGAAUUAUGGAUUAAUAUUUUACGAUAAAAAAUGUUGUCGUAAGCGUUGUAUAUUUACUGCACAGUAAAUAGUAUGGAUGUACGGAAGGUUUUGAGUAUUAUAUAUGAAAAUGUAUGUUCAUUGAACCUUAUUGAUUUCCUUUUUAAAUAAUUA